UGCAAAGCCGACGAUAUGGUGCCCUUUCAGUGCAACAUUGUUGUGUGUUGUGGUGGUCGUAAGAUGAGCUCGGCGCCUGCGAGGCUCGGGGUAGGCCACACCGCAGUACUCGCAUGCACUCGAGUUUUCACGGCCAUGGGCGCAGCGGACGACGCGCGCCGUCUGGGACCGGCCGGGUGCAAGGUGGCCGAGCAGUGCGGUUCGGACAUGAUGCCCCCCGCGAACGUGGCCGUCGGCCAGGGCGGUUGGGCGCUCUCGGACAACUUCCUCAAGUACCGCGACGCCAUCCGGGACAUGGAGGUCCGCCCUUCGGACAUCUGGGUCCUGUCCUUCCCCAAGUGCGGUACGACGUGGACCCAGGAGAUGGUGUGGCUGCUGGGCAACAAGUGCGACACGGAGACCGCGAGGAGCACGCCCCUCGCCUUCCGCUUCCCGUUCCUGGACUUCACACCUCUAGGCAUUCCGGAGGGCGAGGACUUUGUCGACACCGUCGAGAUCGUCGCUGGCCUCCCCCGUGACCAGCCCCGUUUCAUCAAGAGCCACCUGCCCCUCGAGUUCCUUCCCAAAGACCUGCUCAAAGUAAACCCCAAGCUCAUCUACGUGGCCAGGGACCCUCGGGACGCGUUCGUGUCGUACUUCCACCACUACCGCAUGAUCAACUCGUACAACGGCGACAUGGACGACUUCUUCGAGGCGCUGCUCGCCGACGAGGUGCUGUUCGCGCCCUUCUGGAGGCACGUGCUCGAGUUCUGGGCGCUCAGCGGCCGGGACAACUUCCUGUUCAUCACCUUUGAGGAGAUGAAGAAG